CAUCACACUUUCAUUUCGGUCCAACAGAUGGUCUCGCAGGGUUGAUUUUGAAAUUUUUUAAAGAUUUUUCAAUCUGUUUCAAAACAGUUUUAUAUGCUUUCUAACCACACACAGCAGUACCACGUAUAGAAAUGUCAGAACCGAGUAAUUGUCAGUAUUUCGUUAAGCGAAAAAAGCGUUAUUGUCGAAUGACAGUCAAGCAAGGUGCUAAUUUUUGCGGUGAACAUCUUCCACAGGGUCAAGAAACCACGACAAAUGCGGAAGAUGUUAAAUCCAUUAGUCGAAAGAGAGUUUUGUGUCCCUUGGAUCCAACUCAUACUUGCUAUGCCACCAAACUCACAAAACACCUCAAGGUUUGUAACGUUAAACAGUUGACGGAUGUGCAGCCAGAUUAUAUUGUCAAAGGGAUCAACUCUGGCUACACUAACUUACAAACUCUGAAGCAUGUUCCACUCUCUCAAUUAGAUGAGUCUACAUUGAACACUGUUCUGAAAAAAAUCAAUGCUGCAUACGAAAAAAUACCAGAGAUCCCUGAAGUGAUAUUAACUCAUUCUGUUCUUGAAGACGAAUUGAGUAAUGUUACCUAUGGAAAAGAUGUGAGAAAACAUCUGCUCCAAAAUUCCUCGUUGAUAGCCCAUUUGCAAAGAGCCAAUCUUCUUCAAGAUGAUACAUGUUUCAUUGAAUUUGGGGCAGGGAAAGGAAAAUUGACAUACUGGUUAGCACAGGCAAUAAAGGAGCAGCAGAACUCUGCAGUCAUGUUAGUAGAUCGAUCAAGUCACAGGCAUAAAAGUGAUAACAAAUUAAAGAACGAAACAAACUCCCUUGAUGUCAUAAGAAUCAGAGCAGAUAUAGCAGAUCUAUCUUUGAGCGCAGUUAGAGAGAUUGAGAAUUUUAGACAAAAAGUGGGCAUUGCUAAACACCUCUGCGGAGUUGCUACAGAUUUGACCAUGCGCUGUCUGAUUCAAGCGAUGUAUAGUUCACCUGAAUUCAGAAUCAGUGGUAUGGUGGUUGCAUUCUGCUGCCACCACAGGUGUGAGUAUGCUCCUUACGUGGGGCAUGACUACUUAGCAAAAACUUGCGAGUUUCUUCCAGAAGAAUUUUCGAUACUAUGUAGUAUCGCUAGUUGGGCAACCUGUGGCUCCGGUAAGAGUAGAACACUGACAGCUGCGGAGGAAAAAACCGAGAACGAGGCUGUUAAAGAUAGUUUACACUCAGAGGGUCGACAACAGAAGCGUGAAACUAUCGGUCGAAAAGUGAAGACAAUAUUGAAUUGGGGAAGAGUCGAGUACCUGAAAACUGCUGGUUUUAAUUGCGAGUUAGUUAAUUAUAUAUCAACCGAUAUAUCUCUCGAAAAUAUGUGUAUAAUAGCGACGCGAAAAGUAAUGCAAUAAUAUACACAGCUGUACAAUUGUUCCGCAGGAUAUCUGUACUAUGAAUCGAUGAACUAAUUAUUUAUCGAUAUACCCUGCUGAGAUGAACAAUGAUUUGUCUAUGCAUUAAAUUUCAUUACGUUCUAUGGCGCUAAGUCAAUGAAUGAGGUCGAUCUCCCAUCCCUACCAUUCCGUGCAAGAAAUGACUGCACACUGUAGUAGUUCUACAGUCAAAACCGUAUGGUGUAUACAGGUAUUGGUAGGUAGGUGUAGCUUAUACUAAAGCAGCUAGGGACUGAAGUAUAGUAAAGAAUAUCCGCCCCUCCCAAGUCCGUUGAAACCACCGAACAACAAAACAUUCCAUAGUUCAGUAUCAUACUGCUGCAGUAUUACUAUACGCAAGGCGUAACCACCUGCGACUCCAUGCAGAAAAUUUUUGAAAAAAACAUUAAAUUACUUUUAGUAAUCUUUCGGAAUUGAAGUGGAUUUAAAGUGAAGUGGAAGCGCGGUUAAUUCGAAGACCGCGAGGAGUACUUGAAGAAUCCCUAUUUCACAGGACACGAGUACGGUGACUUCACCACCUUCUACAUUGUCAUUACUAUUUGCGCUGUCAUUGGCAUCAUCCUCUUCGUAAUCAACUCAGUUUUCUGCUGGUGUUCACCCUGGCGUGAUUACUGGUGCGAUCGACAUACAGG